CCAUUUGAAAUAGAACAAGUUUUAUUUGAAACAUCUUUUAUAAUAACGAAUACUUUGGGAGACAAUUGUAUGGAAAGGUUAAAAUGGAAUAUUCUAUACGUUUGUAAGCGUUUGUUUCUGUUGGUUACCAUGAGCUGCACGUUUUUUGAGAAUGAAGCUUACCAAUCAUAAAAAUGUAGCUUUAGAGAGAACCUUAUGGAAGCUAUAUUGUGAUCGUUGUCAGGUUAAGUUUUGUAUCAGUUUUAUGUGGUAGUAUCAUUAAAUAAUGGUUAAGUUAACACCAGAUUUAAUUCAACAAUCCAUGCAAUAUAUUAAUCCUGUGAAGGAUCGAGAAUUAGAUCUCAGAGGAUAUAAAAUACCUACAAUCGAAAACUUGGGCGCAACUCUGGAUCAAUUUGAUACCAUUGACUUUUCUGAUAAUGAUAUAAGGAAAUUAGAUGGGUUUCCUCUGUUAAAAAGAAUAAAAACUCUCUUUUUCAAUAAUAAUCGUAUUGUCAGAAUAGGAGAAGGAUUGGAACAUUGUAUUCCAAAUUUGGAAACUCUUAUGUUAACUGGAAAUAUGAUACAAGAACUUGGUGAUUUGGAACCACUAACGCAGUUAAAAAAUUUAACAAACCUCUGUUUACUUCAAAAUCCAGUGUCUGCGAAGCCUCAGUAUAGACAAUACGUUGUAUACAGAUUCCCACAGUUGAGACUUUUGGACUUCAGGAAAAUUAAGAUGAAAGAGCGUGAAGCUGCAGUUACAUACUUUAGGAGUAAAAGAGGAAAAGAAAUGGUUCGUGAAAUAGCAAAGAAAGUAAAAACACAAACAUCUGGCAUACCUACGGACAAGCCACUCACAACUCCAGAAGAACGUAACAAAAUUAGGGAAGCUAUUACAAAUACUUCUUCCCUUGAAGAAGUCCAGCGCCUUAGCAAAUUGCUUCAAGCUGGACAUGUGCCUAGUGAAGAAAGAUUACAAACUGGAAAUACGAUACCUGAAGCAAUGGAAGAAGAAGAUGAUUAAGUCAUAUUGUACAUUAUUUUCAGAUCUAAACCAAACAAGAAAAGCUUUUUUUAUUACAGUAAGUACAUGACUGUAUACCAUACAUGGAACUAGAAACAGUUUGUUAAGCUAAUAAGAAUGUAUGUGCUACACACAAAUGCAUUAUCAUUUAAAGAUGUACAAAUAAAAUUAUACAUACCUUAAUUGGCUUGAAGCGACUGUAUAAACGUAUAUCUUAUAAUACUAAACAUUUUCGAAACGUAAUGUCCAUAUAUGUAUUUAUUUCAGUGAUUUUUCAAUAAACAAGUUGUCCAGAAAGAUA